AUGGAUGGAAUUCCUGCCAGGACGUUUUACGGCGGUCCCACAGUUGCAUCAUAUUAUAGGCAAAGGGAUAUCCCUAAUGAGAGCGAAGAUUCGGAGCUAUCAGAUGAUGAUAUUUCUGAACCAACAACAGCCCCUCAAGUGACUACAGUUUCAGACACCACAAGUGACGAGGAAGAUAAUGUGCCUUUGUCACAUCUAAGAAAUUCCACAACUACAAAAAAGAAACCCAAAAACCCUAUAAAAUGGAAACCAUCUUCCACAAAACGAAAUGUUACCACCAACCAAUUUACAGGUGACGAGCUAUUGCCAGGUAAUAUAUUGACACUGAAUACCCCACUGAAAUUAUUCAGCCAUUUCAUAUCUGAUGAUUUCCUUGUGGAAGUUGUCCGUCAAACCUGUUUGUACAGCGUUCAAACUAAUCCAGCUAAGCCCAUUACAACAUGUCCAGAAGAAAUUCAAAACUUCAUUGGUAUACUGCUAUGGAUGUCGCUCAUAAGGCAGCCAACCAGUAGACGUUAUUGGUCACCAAAAACUAGAAUUCCACAAGUUGCAGAUGUAAUGCCAGUCAACAGAUUUGAACAAAUCAAACGGUAUAUACAUUUUAGUGACAAUUCCAAUAAUGCUAAGGGCAUUGAUAAAAUUCAGCCAGUUAUUACUCAAAUACGAAAUGCUUGUUUGAAAAUCCCACUUGAAGAAAAUUUAUCCUGUGAUGAACAGGUCAUUUCAUUCAAAGGACGUUCCCGUUAUAAAACAUACAAUCCCAAAAAACCCCAUAAAUGGGGCUAUAAAAUGUGGGUACUUUCGGGUAUUUCUGGGAUUUCUUACAAUUUUGAACUGUUUUCUGGAAAAGGGGAUAACACCCAUACUGCAAAUGAACCAGAUUUAGGGGCAGCUAGUAAUGUUGUGAUAAGAAUGAGUAAAAUUGUACCUCAUAACGAACAUUACAAACUUUAUUAUGACAAUUAUUUCUCCAGCUUAGAAUUAGUAUCCCACUUAUCUAAAAGGAAUAUUCAUUCUGUUGCUACUGUUCGCUCAAAUCGGCUCAAAAACUCUAAAAUGAUGCAGGAGAAGGAAAUGAAACGAAAGGGCCGUGGAAGCAUCCAAGAACAAACCGCAACCGUUGAUGGAAUAGACAUACACGCUAUUCAAUGGUAUGACAAUAAAAUAGUAUCACUAAUUUCCGAUUAUUGUGGAACUGAGCCAACAGUAAAAGUAAAGAGGUUCUUUCGUUCAGAGCAAACAAGGAAAGACAUUCAGUGCCCCGAUAUUGUAAAAGAAUAUAAUAGACAUAUGGGAGGGGUUGAUCUUUUAGAUUCACUACUAGGACUGUACCCCAUAAAAUUGAAAAGUAAGAAGUGGUACCACAGAAUAUUUUAUCAUUUGAUAGACGUUGCAGUAGUAAACUCGUGGCUUGUAGACAGGCGAAUCAAGAAGCAACUUGGCAAAACUGAAGAUGUUGUUCCACUACUAGUUUUCAAAACUCUUGCAGAACAAUUAUGUGCUCAAAAAAACAUUGUAACCAAACACAAGAGAGCUGGACGACCGAGAAGUUCAAGUCCACAAUGUCUACCAAAACGAAGAUGUUUGGAAGCUCGACCUAGUUCAUAUAUACAAGAAGAUCGCACUGACCAUUGGCCAUCCUGGACUACAAACAGAGAGAGAUGCAAGAGGCGAACUUGCAAGGGAAAGUCAAGGGUUGUAUGUGUAAAAUGUAAAAUACAUUUAUGCUUUCACCCAAACAAAAAUUGUUUCAAGGAGUUUCAUGUUGACGUGUAA